AUGUUUGUUGAUGAAAAAAUUAGACAGAUAAAACGCGCUGAAAAAAAUGUCAGUGCCGUCUCCAGCUUAGUUAAUGAUCCUUUGUUCUAUGAAUAUAUAGGGGAAAUUAGGAGCAAAUUGAACAUGAGUGACAGGGAAUCAACUAGUGGUACUAGUGGGUCAGAUUCAGAGUCUUACGAGUCGUCUUCUAGCGAAGAGGUGGUCUUGAAGCCGGUAUUUGUUUCAAAAAAUCAGAGAAAAUCACAUGUAAACCAGCAAAAUAGCAAGUCGACCGACACGAAUAGGAGUACUCAAACAGAGGUUGCUGUCGCCAAAGAGAUAGGGGAAAUAGAUAGGAAAAAAGAAAUAGCAUUGAACAAGGCAAGCCAUGAGGUAAAGGUAGAGAAGACUGACGGCGAUGAGUUCGAUGGCAUAGAUGAUGCCGACGACAUAUAUCCCGAAAAGGAGUACAACGAGUGGAGAAUACGAGAGAAAGACAGAUAUAAACGAGAUAGGGAACGUAUAAUGCAAGAAGAACAGAUAAAGGACGAAAUAGUGAGGCGUGGUAACUUGACGGAAGAAGAAUUGAUAUCUAAUUUCAAGAAAAGACGUCAGGAAGAAGAUUCAGCGAGUUCUUCGAAGCCGAAGAAUUACCAUAAGGGUGCGUUUUUCAAUGAUAGCGAAGACAUCGACAAGUUAUUGAAGAGAACAUACGAACAAGUUGGAGAUGAUGAUGAUGAUGAUGAUAAUGCUAAAGAUCAUUCAAGACCUACGAAGUUGAAAUUUAACUAG